AUCUGCAACGCACAAUCCGCAGUACCAGGACCGUCACCAUGAAACUGUCUAUGUUCUGCCUCCUACUGCUUUUCUGUGGAACCCUUGGCCAGUUUCAGCCGGAACAUUUAGAGUCCGGAGAUGUUCACGUUGUCACACUUCUUCAAGAGUUUCAGGCGCAGCUUGACGAACAAAAAGCUCAACUAGAGGACCAGAAAACGCAGAUCGACGCAAUGAUGAAGGGAAACGGUGCCGUCUACGUUCGAUGGGGCAGGACGACGUGUGACAACGAAGCUCUCACGGAAACCGUUUACUCUGGUGUGGCAGGGGGUACCGGUCACACACAGACAGGCGGUGGGACGAACUACCAGUGCCUGCCCACCGAGCCUCAGUGGGGGACGUAUUACCAAGACGGCGUGCAAGGGACGGCGUUCAUGUACGGUGCAGAGUAUCAGAUGGAUCACCAAGACCACGCCAGUUUCGCCUCCUUCCCUACCGGGUUUGCCCAGGACGUCCCCUGCGCGGUCUGCUACGUCCCAACCCGCGGCAGUGAGUUGAUGAUCCCCGCCCGUAACACCUGCCCUACCGGUUGGAUCAAGGAGUACGAUGGCUACUUGAUGGCGAGUCACUACAGUCACGCCAGUGCCAAGGAGUACGUCUGCAUGGACGGACAGCCGGAGACCGUACCGGAUGGGGACGCGAACCAGAACGGAGCGCUGUUUUACCUGGUGGAAGCCCGCUGUGGGUCCCUGCCGUGCCCGAGCUACGUGGAAGGGAGGGAGCUCACCUGUGUCGUCUGCACCAAGUAGCGCUAUCAGUUUACCUAAAUUUAUCCGCGGGGUAACCUAUAUCCGUUGUAAAAUCAGGGUAUUUAGGGGUAUGAAGUCAACCGACGGUGGUUUCAGACUACAAUACUUUGACGAUAUUGCACUUUGAAACCAGCAUCCGUCGACUUGACAUCCUAAUACCUAUUGAUGAAAUCAACGGAUAUAGGUUACCCCGCGGAUAAAGGUGAACUAGCUCUACAUGCCCCUGUACGCAUGUGCGCCAUUGCGCUGAGAAUAGAUCAGAAAAUCACAAUUCUAACGAGAUAUCAAAACCGGAAGUUCCGGUGCAGUACCGUCACAAGACGCAAGUGGAACCAAUACCUGAACAUUUUGAGGUAUCAUCAAGACCUAUCCGCGUACUAAAUCAAUACAAUCAAUCCAGGCAUUACCAUGUUAUACUGGUCAUCUAUAGACUUACACAGAUACACAUAUACAGACGUGGCAAAUCUAUAUUCAGCAUUUAUACAACAAAAAUGUAAACAUCAUUCCAAAAUCGCGAUGCAGAGGUCCUAUAAAUACUUUAUUGAGAGAACAAUUCAAGGUGUUCUUCACCUAAAA